AUGCAAUAUAAAGUUAUUUAACUUCUGCAGCCUAACGGCAAAUUCUCUUUUAGUUAAACAUAUAUAAAAGAUAUUUUUUAAGUAACUAGGUUGAGAAAUAAGUUUCGGAUACUAAGAAAGAAUACUGAAUGCUCCUUCAUCGCUUCAUCAUCGAUUUUUAAAAAGAUUUAAAUAAAUAAAAAGAAAGAAAGAAAAAAGAUAAAUAAUUAAAUUUAAAAGAUAAAAGAAAUAAAAAUAAAUUAAUAAGAAGAGAAAAAAUUAAUUAAAAAAGAAAAAAUAAGAAGAUAGAGAGAAAAAAUAAAUAAAAAUAAGAUCAGAUAGAAAAAUAAAAUAAAACAAAACAAAAUAAAAAUUAAUACUUAAAAGCCAUGA